AGCAGUGACGACAGCUGCCCCAGCAGUUACAACAGCUGCCCCAGUAGUAACGACAGCGGCCCCAGCAUCAACCACAGCUGCCCCAGCAGUGACGACAGCUGCCCCAGCAGUGACGACAGCUGCCCCAGCAGUGACCACAGCUGCCCCAGCAGUGACGACAGCUGCCCCAGCAGUAACGACAGCAGCCCCAGCAGUGACGACAGCUGCCCCAGCAGUAACCACAGCUGCCCCAGCAGUGACGACAGCUGCCCCAGCAGUAACGACAGCAGCCCCAGCAGUUACAACAGCUGCCCCAGCAGUGACGACAGCAGCCUUGAACCUGUCUUCCAAAGGACAUUCUCUUCAUCCUUCAGCUCCUUGACAGUGGUGUCAUUCAGCAGUGGAUCAGUCAUCAACACCAUGGACCUUAGCUUUUUAAGCACGUUUGCCCCUAAUAACACUCAGAUUACAAGCACGUUGAUCAACGCAGCUUCAAGCGUCAGUGGCUUCGACAUUGAAGGCAGCUCUAUCAACCUUCGGGUGGAGUAA